CAGUGUGUACUACGAUCCGGAAGUGAUCUGUGCAAGGUUUGGGUUUGACACGUAGCUACGGAAGUGUGCUGGACUGAUAGCGGUUCGAGCUCCAACCAUGUCUAACUUUGAUAACUUCAAUCAAGAUUUCUACCAAACCAGCUAUAGCAUUGAUGACCAGUCUCAGGGAUACAAUUACAAUCCUAGCGCAGGACAAUAUAACAAACAACAUCAUUAUGACUAUGGUCAACAAGGUGGUUUCAUGCCUCCAGACAUGAUGAAUCAACAGCAGCCUUACACAGGACAGAUCUAUCAGCCAGCACAAACCUACACUCCUACUUCCACAGAAUCUGUGUAUGGAAGUUCUUUUGAUGACGAACCACCUUUACUAGAAGAGCUUGGAAUCAACUUUGAUCACAUAUGGCAGAAAACCCUAACCGUGCUCCACCCUUUAAAAGUAGCAGAUGGCAGCAUCAUGAAUGAGACAGACUUGGCAGGUCCAAUGGUUUUCUGCCUUGCUUUUGGAGCUACACUACUGCUGGCGGGAAAGAUCCAGUUUGGCUAUGUUUAUGGAAUCAGUGCGAUUGGCUGUCUUGGGAUGUUUUGCCUUCUUAACUUGAUGAGUAUGACCGGCGUUUCCUUUGGCUGUGUUUCCAGUGUCCUUGGCUACUGUCUCCUGCCUAUGAUCAUCUUGUCUGGCUUUGCUGUAAUCCUUUCUUUGCAAGGGUUUGUCGGUGUUCUUCUCACAGCUUUGAUCAUUGGAUGGUGCAGCUUCUCCGCCUCAAAGAUUUUCAUUUCUGCUUUAGCCAUGGAGGGACAGCAAUUCCUGGUUGCCUAUCCUUGUGCUUUACUUUAUGGAGUGUUUGCUCUUAUUUCUGUGUUUUGAACUGAAUAUUCCAGUUGGACUACAAUGGGCCAAACAAUCCUGAAGACAAUUUCUCCUGUUUUUAAGGAUUAGUGAACUCCUGUUAUAUGCACGUGCUGGGGGCAACAAUGGAAAAAUAAAUGACACAAAUCCGAUUUUCAUGUUUUAUACAGAACUUUUAAAUGCUAAAUAGACUCAGAAUAUCUUUCAUUGUACUCAAAGCUUUCCGUUUAGAAAUUGA